AUGUCGAAUCAACAAGAACAAUCUCGACAAUCGAUCUCACUCCCAGUCUUACCAAACCCAAUCAGAUUCUCAUUACCUUCUAAACCUAUCACUUGUUUGUCAACUUCGACUUCGACUUCGACUUCCUCACCUUCAGCUAAAAUCAACUCUGUCAGACCUGCACCAUCCUCACUGCCACCUAAACCUACGUUCAUCCCUAAGUCAACCUCGAAUGAAUUCUCACCUGAGAGAGGAAGAGAUAUAAUACCUAGUUAUAGAAGGGAAACUGAAAGUUAUCGUCCACCACCUUUUCCUUCCCCUUCACCACCUCGAAGAUAUCGUACACCUUCACCUAGGGGUGAUACCUAUAUUCCAUCAAGAGGUUCGAGUGUCACGAAAUCAAGAUCAAGAUCAAGAUCAAGGUCGCUAAUCAGGUCUCCAUCACCAAGAUACACAAGCUCAAAUAAACGUCGUCGUUCACCUUCGGUGUCGAAAUACGAUUCAUACAGACCUAGACUCAAACGCAAUUCCCCAUCCCCAUCUCCUCCUCUGACGACCGCUCAAAAAAGAAAUCGACGUGCUGGACCUAGCGCCUCCGCAAGGACUGAAAGAGAAGCAUCCAUCACUGAGAAGGAAACCAGACCGAAAAGUUUGAAAGAUAGAUUAGGGGGAUUUUGUAAACAGGAGCAAGACAGACCUGCGGAGCAGAUCUCACCCAUCCCAACCAAAAGAUCCCCCUCACCUACACCCAUAAACACUCAACCCUCCACUAAGCUCCCCAAACCUAUUCCUACCGGGCCUAGAGGUGCUUCCAGAUCAUUCUCAACAGUGCCGACUAUCCCUAAAGGUCCCAAAGCCGAUAGAGCUCCACCUACUGGACCGAGAACUCAAUACGCCCUUCCUGGUAACCCACCAUCCACCGGAAACGGUGUUUUCUCUGUAGCAAGUCGGCGCUCAAAUAUUCCAGAAGACGAAGAAGAUAUGGCCGGACCAUCGAGAUAUAGAUCAAAAGGAGGUCACACCCCUCGAAGAGGUGGAUCAGCCGGACCCAGCAGUGGGGGAAUUGUGCGACAAUUAUCACCACCUUUGAGAGACCAUAAUCAGAUAAUGGAUCAAUAUGGUCAGAAAGUGCAUUUAAAGGCACAAUGGGCUGAGAACCCUAAAGCUCCAUUGGCGAAUUUCCUGGGUAAUGGAGGUGGAGCAGAGAUGAGUCAGGAAUAUAAAGCUGAAGAAGGUAUGAUAGGAAACAAGAGGAUGGUCAGAGUUACAGUCGUAGCAGAUGCGGGAUCUGGAAUUGUAGGAUUAGGAGAUCAUGCUUCUAGGAAAGAGGCGGAGAAGUUGGCAGCUCUAAGUGCUGUCCUUCAACUUGCAGCUGCUGGAAUGCUUGAACAAGGCAAAGGUGGCGGUAAAUCACCUUCAGCAACCAAUGGUGGGACCACGGCAUCAUCCGCACCCUUACCUGGAGGAAGUAACGAAACGGCCAAGCUAUCCGAUGGCUCCGAUAUAUCAUAUGAACGAGCUCGACAGUUCAUGGAAUAUUACUGUGCACGAUACAAAUUCGGUAAACCAGAUAUAGAAUUCUCCCAAUCUCAAACGUCUCAGGGUUUCAACAAAGGUCGUAAAGGUAAACCGUCAAAUGUGAUGAUUUGGGAUGCGGUCAUAACGGUAGGAAAUAGAAGGAUAGGUAUGGGACAAUCAUCCACUAAGAAAGGAGCUCAGGUAAAAGCGUAUUUAGAUGUCACCCAAUAUCUGGAAAGUUGUGAUCCGGAUUUAUGGAAGGAUUUCUUGGAAGCUUCGAAGAAAGAUAAAAGUGCCAAUCUAGGAUUAGCACCUCACUUGGUAUUCCAGAUGUCCGAUCGAUUGAAUGAAGAUAUACAAGGUCUUUGUGGUGAUAUUAGGCAUUCAAGAUUAUGGGCCAACGCUCCUCCCUCGACAUUGUCUUCCAACGAACAUCAACAGUUACCUACUUGGUCAUCCGGAGGGAAACGUCAACUUAGCGAGAAAGAAUUGAUGAACAAAUCGCUCGAUCUGCAAGAUAGGUUAGCGGCAUAUGAGAGUGAUCCAAAACUUGAAACUAUGCGAGCGCAACGAAAUGCUCUUCCCGUGACGUCUCGUGCUACUGAAAUCUUGGCUAAGAUCGAAGUCAACGACGUCACUAUCGUCAUGGCUGCAACUGGUUCUGGUAAGACCACCCAGGUACCGCAAUUGCUCUUCGAUCACUAUAUCAAUAGAGGUGAAGGGGUGAAAUGCAACAUCGUCUGCACGCAACCUAGAAGACUUGCAGCGAUGUCAGUAGCAGAACGGAUAGCGGAUGAGAGAGGUCAACCACUAGGGAAGGAGGUGGGAUAUCAGGUUAGGUUCGAUACCAAGUUACCACAACCAAAUGGAAGUAUCACGUUUUGUACGACCGGUAUCUUCCUCAAAAGGAUGCAAUCGGCUUUGGGAUCGACAGCCGACCCUAAUGCCGUAGCUAGGAUGGACGAAGUCACCCAUAUAGUUGUUGAUGAGGUUCAUGAAAGGGAUAUCGACACCGAUUUACUCUUAGUGGUCCUGAAACGAUUACUUGCUGAUCGAGUUUCUAGAAAAAAACCCUUGAAAGUCAUCCUCAUGUCAGCUACGAUCGACCCGACGCUCUUCAAGAGUUACUUUGCCGAUGCUCGUGGUCGAACUGCGCCCGUUGCUGAAGUACCAGGACGUACUUUCCCAGUGGAACGAUCGUACCUCGAUGAGAUUGUUCCUCAAUUACAGGGUAUACCGCAAAACAAAGGUGGAUGGGUGUUCAACGAAAAGAAUGUAGCUGAGUAUCUAUCGAAAGAACUCAGUCAUGAUCCAGCAAACUUCGGUCCGGGUUCAGGAAUGGCUCUGGAAAUACCUUAUCCCCUAGUGGCUUUGACCAUUGCUGAUGUCAUGAAACGAUCCGACGAUGGACAUGUCUUGGUGUUCUUACCAGGAUGGGAUGAAAUCAAGAAAGUAGCAGAUAUCUUGAUGGACACGAGAGGUCGACCGUUAUUGGGAACGAAUUUCAACGAUCAAUCGAGAUUUAGUAUACAUUAUCUUCAUUCGACCAUCCCGGCUGCUGAACAAAAAGAAGUUUUCAGACCCCCACCUAAAGGCGUGAGAAGGAUUAUCCUGGCUACGAACAUCGCCGAAACCUCUAUCACCAUUCCCGAUGUGGUUUAUGUCAUUGAUACGGCUCGUGUGAAAGAGAAGAGAUAUGAUCCAGAACGACACAUGUCCUCGUUAGUCUCUGCUUGGGUCGGAUCAUCCAACUUGAACCAGAGAGCUGGUAGAGCGGGAAGGCAUAGGGAAGGUGAAUACUAUGGUCUGUUAUCGAGGAAAAGAUUGCAAGCGCUCGAUCCUCACCAGCUGGUGGAGAUGAAGAGAAGUGAUUUGAGUAACGUAGUAAUGCACGUCAAGGCACUGAACCUUGGUGAGGUCGAAGAAGUACUGGCGGCGACUAUCGAACCCCCUGAACCCAGUCGAAUUGUCGCUGCUAUGGAAACAUUACGAAUGCUUGGUGCCUUGGAUGCGAACCAGAACCUCACAUCGCUUGGACGAGUGUUACUCCAGUUACCAGUCGAGGCAGCUAUUGGUAAACUAUGUCUUUACGGUUCAUUCUUCCGAUGCCUGGAUUCAGCCUUGACACUUGCAGCGGUAUUGACAAACCGAGACCCGUUCUUGGCUCCGAUAGCCCUAAAAGCUGAAGCGGAUCGAAUUAAGGAUUCCUGGUGCCCACCUGCCUUCCGAUCGGAUCCCCUCGCCAUUGUGUCAGCCUACAACCAAUGGUCAGCUAUGGACGAUCGAGGCGAAUACAGGACGGCCAACCAGUUCUGUUCGGACAACUUCUUGUCGAAGCCUACACUCUUACAGAUCAAACAAGUCAAAGCAAGCUUGCUUCAAUCCCUUGACCAGGCUGGAGUCAUUGCCGUCUCAGCUGGUGGAGCAGUCAGGAGAAUAGGAAGGAGAUUGACUGUUCCUCCUGAAUUGAACGAACAUGGAAACAGUCUACCUCUCCUGGCUGCUUUGAUAGCUAUGGCCAAUGCGCCCAACUUCGCCUUAAGGACUUCGGACAAGACUUGCAGAACUUCACAGGAUAAGACGGUAUUCAUCCAUGGAUCUUCCGUCAAUUCUCGACGAAGGGAAGCUGGCGGACCUGAACAAGCUAGUGAAUCUUUCAACCCUGCUGAAAAACGAUUAUAUUCCUUUGGCGAAAAAUCUCGAAAUGUUCCUCUCGGAGGGAAAGAAACGGGUGGUAUCACUCAAUUACGUUCGGUCACUCGAUUGGACCCUAUGACAUACAUGUUGUUCGGAGCCUAUGAGCUUGUCGUCACGCAACGUGGAUUAGAAUGCGAUAGGUGGUUACCUGUCGUGGGAAACUUGCAUGCUUUGGAUGAUGUACAGAGAUUGAAAGUCCUCUUGGACGGAUGUAUGUUAAGAGUUUUCGAAGGCGUUGGGAAAUCUUUGAUUAAGGAUAGAGAUGAAAGGUGGAGGAAGUCAGCUUCGGCUAUUCAAGUGAACACUAAAGGAAGUUCAAAGAUCAUCCAAGCUGAAGCAACCGACGAAGUGGUUGAAGAAGUAAUAGAGAAUGAAUCGGACGACGAAGAUGAUGAUGAAGAACAAGCGAAAAAGACGACCCGGAUCAUCCAACCUAUGACGAUAGACGAGAUUAAAGAACUGGAAUACCUUACCACAGAUGUGGUGAGGAUACUGGAUGCGUACGCUUCUGAAAGAGAAGGUGGAUCGACGGUCAAUUCAAGACCUGUAACACCUGGUUUACCGAUGAUGACCCAAGGUCAAAAUAGAAGCAAUGGGAAUGGAAAAACGUCACAGUAUCAGACUAACAGUGGGAGUAGGAAAUGGUAA